GAACUAUGUGAGUACUUCCUCCAACGCUGCGGAAGCUUUCAUGUCGUUGUUGCUGUCAUGUACAGGCUGCCUUUCAUAUUCAAUAUCGUUGAAUAUUUUGAGAAGUACUCAUCCGAUUUUUACCUUUUUCCUAAGAGUCGAGAUGGGCCUGCAACCAUGAGAAAUCAUGAUCCGCCACUCAAACCUGGCAGGCAACCUUACCAGCCCGUCAAAGACACCUCUAGGAGCUUUUCGCCCAACCCUUCAUCUGGGUAUUUGUGCAGAGAAUAUCAAGUGGAGCCAACAAGGACAGAACGCCAAGCUCAAACAAGCACGUCGAAGGGCCGAGCAGAUGCUUACUACCACUACUACGAUGUGUAUUCAAACUCUUGGGGCAGAAGAUUUAAGUCGAUAUCCUCCUGAAUCCGCAGUGUCCAAUCCAGCGGGCUUUUGGUACGCUGAAACCUCAUUCCAGCCUUUGUUCUCCCCGUACGCGCCGUUGACCAUUCGACCGUCUGGAUCUAUACCUUCAGCUGGCUUGACGGCUUCGCGGGAUGCUCGGAGUCCGCACAUCCAUGAAUUUUCUGGCUUUGGAACUCGUGCAGUAUUGCGUCAAUGCAGCGCCCCGCAAAUCCGCCGCACAUCCGCCGUCUUGAUCUCCCAGCCCUCAGCGUCUGCUCCUUCGCUUUCUAGAUCGAAUUUUCAUGGCGUUGUUGCUUCACAAGCUAUCGACGUCGACGGGUCGCUUGUGUCUACACGACUGCGAAGAAGCCGCGCUUGCCGAUCUCAACCUUGAUUGAGUCGGCAAUUGGCAGGCGGUCGGAAACGUCUAGCUCCCAGCGCGAUGCAUCUUUAGGUUGCGUCGUAGUGAUGUAUCUACAACCCUUGUUGACCAAGUGCCUAAUCGAUCGUUCUAGCGCGGGAUCAUCGCCGAUGGCAGAGGCAUAGUAUAUGCGCGGUUGGAGCAUGGCAUGUCCGACUGAACCAUUCAUGGCGAGUGUGUUUGAAGGUAAGCAGUCGCUACAGACGUCGGUGCCUGGUUUGUAUUCGACUGUGAAUGUCGCGGGCUCAUGUUGUUCACGUAUGAAGCGAGUCGUGGUACGGGUCGUGCACCAUAAGGCGCCUUAUCUGAUCGUCGAU